CAUGCCGAAAACUUGCCGAGGCAUGCACUCACAAACCACCAAACUGUCUUCCUAGCAAAGAACAUUUCAUGUGAAUAAAACGACUCUGUAACUCAAUUUCAUCAUUUGUAUGUUGUUGCAGUACAUGGUGCUACAAUUAUCUCAAGCAGCGGAGAUGUACUUGCCGGGAGAUGAACUGACAGCCCAACCGAAACUGAUAUCGCCACCACCUUAACAUUCUCCUUCAUACCCAAUUCACGCGGCUCUGCACCAUCACCGGGGGACUCCCAUUAAUGCAGUGUCCUCCUGAUGCACCACUAUUUAACAGACCCCAAUUAGUCCAUUGUCUUCAACUCAACACAACUUUGGCAUUUCAAAGCCCUCAGGUUUAGAAAAAACAAUCUCCUAUUUCUUCAUCCGCAUUCCAAUACGGGGAAAAUGAUCAGCCCAAAGGACUUGGUCAAGAUUGCGAGAAAAUGGCAGAGAGUGGCUGCCAUGAGAAGGAAAAGGAUCUCAUUUCCACAAGUUGAAGGAGACGAGGAAGUGCUAGCUCAUAGAGGACAUUUCGUCGUCUACUCAAUUGACCGAAAGCGGUUCGUGUUUCCAAUAAGGUUCUUGAACAACUGUGUCAUCCGUGAGCUGUUCAGAUUAUCCGAGGAAGAGUUUGGGUUGCCAAGCAAUGGACCGAUCACUUUGCCGUGCGACGCCAUGUUCAUGGACUAUGCAGUUUCAAUGAUCCAGCAGCAUGCCAAUGCGGAAAUCGAGAAGGCUCUCCUUAUGUCUAUUACAUCCAACACAUGCUCACUAUCUUACCCUCUCCAGCAGAAUCACACUGGACAACAAUUGCUUAUCUGUAGUCAUUGAACCUUCGUAUUUUUGUUUUUGCCUCUCUUCUUUUGAGGCUUUUAGGAUGUACACAGUUGAGAGAAUUGCAUGAAAAUUGCAGUUCCUCAUUCGUUGUUAGAUUUUAAUGAAGACAGAUUGUUCACUCCUA